GGACAGGUGGGCGUGGAUUGGCUAGGGGAGCCGGUCAAUGUGAGGCGGGGGCGGGGCCUCGGCUGCUGGUUGCGCGUGUCCGCCGCUGGCUCCGCUCUAUCCGGCUUUGCUAGGGGAGGUGAGUCCGGCCGCGGCGGCACUGGCGGCUGAGAAGGCGGCGGCUGAAGAGAAAGCGGCCACGGCGGCUGUGAAGAAAGCGACCGUGGGCACGGAAGCCGGGUGGGGGGGAGGGGGGGAGACGGAGCAGCCUUGAGCCCUGCAGGGGCCGUCGCGCGGGGGACCCACCCGCUCUCCCCCCCAACCCUCCUCAGCACAAGCAGCCGGCGGCGGCGGGGGCAGGAGUCAGCCUGCUUCCGACCGUCCCCCGCCCGCUUCCCGGGGCUCCUAUUCUUUGGCCCCGGGACCCUUACCUCCUCCCGGGGCGGUUCCCUGUGUCUGGGCGUCCGAGUGCUGCCCACCGCUCUUUCAUUCCCUCCCUGCACCUCCUUCCCUUCACUUUUGCCGGGGUUCUCUCUCUCCUCUUCUGUCCUGGCUGUCGCCUUCUCGCCUCACUCUCUUCUUCCAGCCUCCUUCCCUGGCUCAUUCUGCCCAGUAAAGUUUGGUGCACCCCCCCUCCUCCCCAGACAGGUCAACCAGACUAGGAGUAGGGGGAGAUGUAGGAGGGCCUGAGAAUUCGAGGGGGGGGGGGAAACUGGAAGCUGGUUUCCCUGACAAUUUACCCUCAUCUUUUUGAUUUAUUAGAGUGGUUGGAAUUUUUUUUUAAAUUGUGUUUUUGAGGAGGUAGGAGGUGUUUAGAAAAGGAUGUGGGAAUGGAAGGGGUAGAUGAGUCAACCCUCUUACAAGAUUCCAAGGGUGGUGUGUUACCAGAUCCUUUUCGUGUGUGGAGUUCAGGGGUUCGGGAGGUUUGGCCUUUAUUCCCACAGUCAAAGUUGGAACCUCCCCCCCAUUAAGAAUGGAGUUUUAGUAUCCACUUGUGGCAGGAAUCCUGGGGGGAAGGGGCCCUUUUUCCUUUUUCUUUUCCUUUUUCCCCUCUUAUUUUAUGUUAUUAACUUUUAUUUUGUCAACCCACACCCUUCCACACACUCUUACCCAAAAGAUCAAACACCCAAGAUCCUCUAACUUCUCUGGAUUGACUGAUGAAGACAUAAAGCCAGUUACGCUCUAUGUUUUUUGAGGUGGAGUGGGUGGUUUUCUUCAUUUUUUUUUUUUAAAUGGCCAAAUGACAGCUUGACCCAGUUUGCUUUCCAAUCAAAGGGCAUUUUUGUUUUGAAUGUCUCUUUGUGGCGCAAGAGCCAACGCAAAAAUGAUGGCGGCUUAUAAUGGCGGUACAUCUGCAGCAGCAGCAGGUCACCACCACCACCAUCACCACCAUCUUCCACACCUUCCUCCUCCUCACCUUCACCACCACCACCACCCUCAGCACCACCUUCAUCCGGGCUCGGCUGCUGCUGUCCACCCCGUGCAACAGCACACGUCCUCGGCAGCUGCGGCGGCCGCAGCAGCAGCCGCAGCCGCAGCCAUGUUAAACCCUGGGCAACAACAGCCAUAUUUCCCAUCGCCGGCACCGGGUCAGGCUCCUGGACCAGCUGCGGCAGCCCCCGCUCAGGUCCAGGCUGCUGCAGCUGCGACCGUGAAGGCGCACCAUCAUCAACACUCGCAUCAUCAACAGCAGCUGGACAUUGAGCCGGAUAGACCUAUUGGAUAUGGAGCCUUUGGUGUUGUCUGGUCAGUAACAGAUCCAAGAGAUGGAAAGAGAGUAGCACUCAAAAAGAUGCCCAACGUCUUCCAGAAUCUGGUCUCUUGCAAAAGAGUCUUCCGGGAAUUGAAGAUGUUGUGUUUUUUUAAACAUGAUAAUGUACUCUCUGCCCUUGACAUACUCCAACCUCCACACAUUGACUAUUUUGAAGAGAUAUACGUUGUCACAGAAUUGAUGCAGAGUGACCUACAUAAAAUCAUCGUCUCUCCUCAGCCACUCAGCUCAGAUCAUGUCAAAGUUUUUCUUUAUCAGAUUUUGCGAGGUUUGAAAUAUCUCCAUUCGGCUGGCAUUUUACAUCGAGACAUUAAGCCAGGGAAUCUCCUUGUGAACAGCAACUGUGUUCUAAAGAUUUGUGAUUUCGGAUUGGCCAGAGUGGAAGAAUUAGAUGAAUCCCGUCAUAUGACUCAGGAAGUUGUUACUCAGUAUUACCGGGCUCCGGAGAUCCUGAUGGGCAGCCGACAUUACAGCAAUGCCAUUGACAUCUGGUCUGUUGGCUGUAUCUUUGCAGAACUACUGGGCCGAAGAAUAUUGUUUCAGGCACAGAGUCCCAUUCAGCAGUUGGAUUUGAUCACAGAUCUGUUGGGCACACCAUCACUGGAAGCAAUGAGGACGGCUUGUGAAGGUGCUAAGGCACACAUACUCAGGGGUCCUCAUAAACAGCCAUCCCUUCCUGUACUCUACACUCUAUCCAGCCAGGCCACACAUGAAGCUGUUCAUCUACUUUGCAGGAUGUUGGUCUUUGAUCCAUCAAAAAGGAUUUCCGCUAAGGAUGCCUUAGCCCACCCCUACCUAGAUGAAGGGCGGCUGAGAUACCACACGUGUAUGUGUAAGUGCUGCUUCUCCACCUCGACGGGAAGAGUCUACACCAGUGACUUUGAGCCUGUCACCAACCCCAAAUUUGAUGAUACCUUUGAGAAGAACCUCAGCUCGGUCCGACAGGUUAAAGAAAUUAUCCACCAGUUCAUUUUGGAACAGCAGAAAGGAAACAGAGUGCCUCUCUGCAUCAACCCGCAGUCUGCCGCCUUUAAGAGCUUUAUUAGUUCUACCGUUGCUCAGCCGUCUGAGAUGCCACCAUCUCCUCUGGUGUGGGAGUGACAGUGGAAGACACUGUACUACUGAAGAUGUAAUGUAGCUUUCACUGGAGUCUGGGAUUUGCAAUUCUGGGGGGUUAAUCAUGCUUGUACUGUAAUUUUACUAAUGAAGUUUUAAAUUAACAACCACUACUUGUAUGAUAUGAAUAAUAUUUAGAAAUGUUACUAGACUUUUAAUCUUGUAAAGUGGUUGUGCUUUUAGAAGAAAAAAAAAUAUUUUACCCAGAGUUGCACAUGGUUAAAGAAUUCGGUGCAGCUGUUAUGGCUCGACUCAGAACAAACGAGAAUUGAACCAAAUUUGGGCGUUUGGGGUUUAUGUUUUGUUUUUCUUUUUCUUUUUUUUUUUUAUGAAGUGAGAUUAUUCACAUGCGCGCACACACACACACACAUGCACACACACACACACAGAUAGUCAUACAUUUUGAUAUUUGAGCCAUUCCUAAAGAUUUAGGGUUUUCUAAAACUAAAGAGUCUAGAAAGCUUGCCUAUGACCAAUCAUGGAGCCAUGGGAGCUGAUCGUGGCUGUGCCUGGGGGAGGCUGCGGGAGGGGCACGCCACCUAAUGAUCAAGCCCUAUACCUGGCUUCUCAUUAGAGCCGUGAUGGUGAUGUGUGCUGUCUGAACUCCAAUGUCGUGCGUAGAGAGACUAACCCUGUUUUCCUUACCCAGUAUAAAUAUAUAUAUAUAUAUAUUUAAUCUAUUUUUAUUAGAAGUUUUUCUGCUCUUUCUUACAUAAAAAGAAAAAAGACCCAAGCAUGCAUCCUUCAUGUGUGUAAAUAAUUCAUCUCUGGGCUAAUUUCAAAAGAACCCCAACACUGCUGUAUAGAGAGAACUAGCUUGCACAUUUUAGGUCUGUGAAAUUCUGUGAGACUUUUCCUGCACUGGACAGUGAAAAAUAAUAAAUAAAAGACAAAAAGAAAUUUUUAAAAAAAUUAAAGCCACCAAGGCACAUAGGGAAUCCUGUCAAAUGUGUUUGUGUCCUUAGGCAGAGCUGUGGGAGUCUUGAAAUGUCACAGUAGUAAAUAGCUUACCGCUUUUCGACAAAUUCUUUUUCCUGCUGGAACACUGAACUCUGUGCAUAUGUAAAUAGAACACCAAUCGAAGGCCUCUACCUCCUGGAGUUACACAACCUGGCUUGUUUACCUCCACACGCUGAUGAUGACUAUUUUUUUUUUUAAGUUCAAUGUGGAGACUUGAAACUUGAAUGUCCCUUCCAACUUUUAUAUUAAAAAUAAAAAGACAAGAAAAUCGAAGAGCGUUUUUCACCUGUACAAGGAGUACUAACGGAUCGUCUUAAAACUGGUCUAGGAAAAGCUUGGUGUGUGUUAUGGACAAUUAACUGUUAAAGUUACUGUAAGUUAUCUGUAUUUAGCAGAGUAUUUUCAUCUGGGUGAUCUGAGCUGAAUCUGAAGACUAUUAAGUUAUGUUUGGAAGUUUUAACUUCAGUGAAGUGAUUAUUUGCUGUGAAAGAAACAAACAUUGAAUUACUAAACAAAGAUGGUGCAAUAUCUUUGUUUUUGUUUUUGUUUUUGUUUUUUUAUGAGGCUCCUGAGAAUCAACCCAACUGAAGCAUUUCAAUUCACUUGAAUGAGAAACGUGUUUAGUAUCAAAAGAGCCUGAGAAGACACUGGUAUGAAAGGUACAAUCUCAGAGGUUGGUCAGUUACCGUGGCACACUUUCUGGUCACUUUGUACAAUGUAGAUUUGAAGUACAGUGGUGAAAACAUUAAAUGUGACAUUU